AUGCCCCAGCCAAAGAAAGUGGCAAUCAUCGGCGCCGGCCCCUCGGGUCUUGUAGCAGCCAAAACUUUCCUACACAACUUCCCGCAGGGAACAUUCAGGCCGGUGGUCUUCGAAAGACAGCACCACAUAGGUGGUCUCUGGCCCACAGAGGCCGCGGCCCUCAUUGACCAUGGAAAGAAUACGCCACGCGGACUGAUUCACCCGCAGAUGCGCACGAACCUCAGUCGGUUCACCGUUUCGUUCUGCGACCUUGCGUGGGAGUCGGUCAUUGAGGGGCCGGAUGUGCCGAUAUUCCCUCGCGCAUGGCAGGUGGGGAGGUAUCUCGAGAAGUAUAAAGACCGAUAUCUGUCUGGCCUAGACCUGAGACUGGGACAGGAGGUGUUGCGAGCUGUCCGUCAGACCGAGCAUGAUGGAUCCAGGGUGCGAUGGGAUGUGCAAUGGACCGACACCGGCACUACAAAAGCACCAAAUACAGAGUCCUUCGACUAUCUGAUCGUUGCAUCUGGCUACUUCGCUCGCCCAUCCAUCCCGGAUAUCCCCGGGCUCGACGAUGUCCCCGAUACUGUAGUCCACAGCUCUGCACUACACACCGCAGAGGAUAUCAAUCGUCUGCUCAAGAACAGCGACCCAAAGAGCAACAGAAUAGCAGUUGUCGGGGCAAGCAUGUCAGGCGUGGAGACAGCCUCUGCCCUCGCCCUCCACCUGUCAUCGCAGAAAGCAUCCUCACAACCCGGUAGUACCCACGAGGUGCACCACAUCUGCUCCCGGCCGUUCUGGACAGUGCCAUACUACGUGCCACAUCCACCUGCGUCAGACCCAGCAACACCAAGCAACUUCCUCCCCCUGGACCUGGCAUUCUACGACCUGGACCGACGCCCGCCCGGCCCAGUGGAGUACGGCUUUGGCCCUAUAUCCGGGUCGCAGGCGUCCAAGACUAACGCGUACUUCCGCGGCCUCCUUGGACGAGACUAUGAGGAGAUUGGGAGCGUUGGCGUUCCAACCGCGAGUGAUACCGUCGAAGGAGUAGUCCCCUCUUGGGUGGCCAUAGGGGACGACUAUGCGGAGUACGUCCGCGCUGGCACGAUAAAGACGAUCCUUGGCCGGGUUUCAACCAUCAUCCGCGAUAAGAAUGGCACAACGACCGUCAAUAUCGAACGUGAUCAUCAUUCAACAGUAUCCCUGGAUCAAGUAGGUGCCAUCGUGCUCGCUACAGGAUUCACACCAUACGCCUCGCUCUCAUUCCUCCCAGCAGACGUGCUGUCACGACUGGAACACUGCAAGGCAGACCCCUCCAUUCCACUCAUCCUGGACGGAAAAGGGACCUCACAUGCGGAAAUCCCCGAGCUAGGCUUCGUGGGAUUCUACCGCGGCGCGCAGUCUGGGUGA